GUGACCGCGUUUCAUAACCAGCCGGUGUCUGUCGGUGUGCGUCCCUCCUUUCCCCCCCCCCCAGAGGAUCAGAAAUGGCAGCGAUCAGGACUCUCAGGAAGCUGUGCCAGCACGUCCAGCACCACGUCUGCAGCCUGCACACGUCCGCCCCCAGGGCAGAGGCGGUGGUCAUCUCAGGGAGGAAGCUGGCCCGUCAGAUCCGGGAAGAAACCCGGGCCGACGUGGAGCAGUGGGUCUUGGCUGGCAACAAGAGACCCCACCUGAGUGUCAUUCUGGUGGGAGACAACCCAGCCAGUCACUCCUACGUUCUCAAUAAGACUCGGGCUGCAGCCGACAUCGGAAUCUCAAGUGAGACAAUUCUCAAACACUCAGAGAUCAGUGAGGAGGAGUUACUGGAUCUAAUUUUUAAGCUCAACACCGACCCUCGUGUGGACGGGCUGCUGGUCCAGCUGCCUCUGCCAGACCACAUUGACGAGCGCACGGUCUGCAACGCGGUGGCUCCUAACAAGGACGUGGACGGCUUCCACGUAGUCAACGUAGGCCGCAUGUGCCUGGAUCAAUCCACCAUGCUUCCCGCCACUCCCUGGGGAGUCUGGGAAAUUAUCAAGCGCACAGGCAUUCCUACCUUUGGGAAGAAUGUUGUCGUUGCAGGACGCUCCAAGAACGUCGGCAUGCCCAUCGCCAUGCUACUUCACACAGACGGCAGUCAUGAGAGGCCCGGAGGUGACGCCACAGUCACCAUUUCUCACCGUUACACUCCAAAGGAACAACUUUGCCAGCACACUAAAAUAGCCGACAUCGUCGUGGCUGCUGCAGGAAUUCCCAACCUGAUCACAGCGGACAUGAUCAAAGAGGGAGCUGCCGUGAUCGACGUCGGAAUAAACCGGGUGCAGGACCCCGUCACUGGGAAGAGCAGACUGGUCGGAGAUGUGGAUUUUGAAGCUGUGAAGAAGAAGGCGGGAUUCAUUACCCCGGUUCCCGGAGGAGUCGGACCCAUGACCGUGGCCAUGCUGAUGAAGAACACCGUCAAAGCUGCCAAAAGCGUCCUGCAGUUCCCCCCGGAGAGGAUCCGCCUGGCGGUCGCGUCCUAAUGGGGCCACACAGUAAACCUGUGACGCAUUCCUCCCAGCACCACCCACUCGUUUUCUGACUCGGAGCGGCACAGUGAGCUCCACUUUGCACACAGAGCGACAAGAUGCUCGCUUGGAGGCUCCUGUUUCUGUUCCUCAAGUUCGUCCAAUUUUAGCCUGUUACACUAACUCAUGCAACUGCAUGUGCUUUGUAACAGUAUUUAUCAUUUGCAAUGUAUGUCUUUGAUGGGUUUUAAAGAGAGAUUGUUUCUAUUUAUUGCUACAGAGACAGUAUUUUACACAUGAUUGAAGACUUGUGGCAGUAUAUGACUCUACGCAGUGAAGCAGAGUGACUGAGCCCUGCUUUCCUGCUUUUUUUUUUUUUCAGUUAGUUUAGCCUCAUGUAAGUGUGCAUUAAGGGCUAUAAGGAGCAAGAUUGUUUAUUGAAAUACGAGCUUUAAAGAUUCACCUAUGCCUUGCAAAAACAAUAAAAGUAUUGCAUUUUUCUUCUCA